AUGACGAAAAAACCAGAUAUCUAUCUACGAAGAACUGUUGCCAUCGUCACCGCCGCGCUUCUGCUCUCAUUUUUCCCGCCAUCUCUCUGCUCGAAUGUCGAAGAGACAGAAGCUCUGCUUCGAUUCAAAGCCGGCCUCUUCGACCAUUUCAACGCUCUCGACUCAUGGAAUCUCUCCACCUCACCCUGCAGGUUUCGCGGCGUGAAAUGCGAUCCUUUUUCCGGCGCUGUCACCGAGAUCUCUCUCGGCAAAACCCAGCUCUCCGGUUCCAUUUCUCCGGCGAUCUGUGCUCUCAAGAACCUAUCCACGCUAUGGCUUCCAUCGAAUUUCAUCACCGGAAACAUCCCGCCGGAGAUUGUCAACUGCACGAAUCUUAGGGUCCUCAAUCUCACCUCCAAUCGGCUCUCCGGAAAGGUCCCCGACCUUUCUCCUCUAAAAUCCCUGGAGAUUUUCGAUCUCUCGACGAACUUCUUGACCGGAGAAUUUCAGAGCUGGGUGGGGAAUCUGACUCGGUUGGUUUCGCUCGGUCUUGGGAAUAAUCGCUACGAUGAAGGUGAGAUUCCUGAGAGUCUUGGGAAUCUGAAGAACUUGACUUGGCUCUUCUUGCCUCGUUGCAACUUGCGGGGAUCAAUUCCUGAAUCGAUCUUCGAUCUGACGUCCCUCGAUACUUUCGAAAUCUCGAACAACGCGAUUUCGGGGGAUUUUCCGCCGUCGAUCUUGAGAUUAGUGAGUCUCACCGAGCUCGAGUUCGGCAGCAACAAACUGACCGGAGAGAUUCCUCCAGAGAUCGGAAAUCUGACCCGCUUGCGCGUGCUGGAUAUUUCCUCGAAUCAGUUGAGUGGUGCAUUACCUGACGAGAUCACGAAUCUAAAGGAGCUUAGGGUUUUCCGUGGCUACCAGAACUACUUUUCCGGCAAGUUCCCCUCUGGGUUCGCCUCUCUAAUUCAUCUCCAUACCCUUAUCAUCUACAGAAACAACUUCUCCGGCAAUUUUCCGGCCAAAAUCGGCCGGUUCUCGCAUCUGAACACAGUAGAAAUCUCGCAAAACAGGUUUUCAGGUCCGUUUCCUAGGUUCCUAUGCUACCAAAAAAGGCUCCGACAUUUGCUCGCUCUGCGAAACAAGUUUUCGGGCGAGUUUCCUGGGUCUUACGCAGAUUGUAAAUCACUCCUGAGGCUAAGGAUCAGCAACAAUCUGCUCUCUGGUCGCAUUCCGGAACUGUUUUGGGCUCUACCGCGCGCUAAGCUGAUUGAUCUCGGCGACAAUGGCUUCACUGGAGAAAUCUCUCCUUCAGUCUGGUUAUCCAAGGAACUGAGACUGCUAGUUUUGCAUAACAACAAGUUUUCUGGACAGAUUCCGCGUGAACUUGGAGCACUGACAUACUUAGAGAGAUUACAUCUGAGCAACAACAAGUUCUAUGGUCAAAUUCCGGCAGCACUCGGAAAUUUGAGGCAGUUAUCGUCUUUGCAUCUUGAAGAUAACACUCUUACGGGAUCGAUCCCUCUCGAACUAGCAAACUGCAUUCGAAUGGUUGACCUGAAUCUCGCUCGGAACUCAUUGGCUGGUGAAAUCCCCAAUGCUUUGUCGCAAAUGGUUUCUUUGAGCUCGCUGAAUCUCUCAGGCAACCGUCUUACAGGUGUGAUACCCGAAAAUCUCGUGGAGUUGAAGCUGAGUUCCAUUGAUUUGUCUGAAAAUCAAUUGACGGGAAAAGUGCCUCAGGGGCUUUUAGCCAUGGGUGGAACUGCAGCGUUCUCGGGAAACGAGAGAUCUGGUUUGAGCACAUGUAGCAGUGACGAGUACAUUGAGCAUAAGGAAGACUUUGAAUUAGUAGUGAUUGUGUCCUUGGCUCUAGCCUCUGCUGUUGCUGCCUUUGCAAUCAUUUUACUCGUGGUGCAUUGCAGAAUUGUGAAUGCCCGACAAGAGGAUGGGAAAAGCGACAAUCUUGACGCAGAAACAGAAUGGAAGAUCACAUCUUUCCAUCAAAUCGACUUUGAUACUGAUGAGAUCUACAAGUUAGAGGAAGAUCAUCUGAUUGGGACUGGAAGCACCGGAAAAGUGUACAGGGUCGACUUGAAAAGGGGUCGUGGGGCAGUGGCAGUAAAGUGGCUGAGGACAGAAGGUGGUGAAGGAUCCGAGGUCUCUGCUGCGGAAAUGGAGAUUCUUGGGAACAUCAGACACAAAAACGUACUGAAGUUGUAUGCUUGUCUGAAUGGAUGGGGUUCAAGCUAUUUGGUGUUCGAGUUAAUGGAGAAUGGAAAUUUGUUUCAUGCCCUUCAUCGAAACAUGGAAGGCGGGUCGCCAGAAUUGGACUGGCACAAAAGGUACAAAAUAGCGGUGGGGACUGCAAAGGGAAUUGCAUAUCUGCAUCAUGAUUGCUGUCCUCCGAUCAUCCACAGGGACAUAAAGUCGAGCAACAUCUUGCUUGAUGCAGAAUAUGAGCCUAAAGUUGCAGACUUUGGUAUUGCAAAGAUUGACGAUGAUAGCAAGUCUUGUAAAGGGCGUGAAUGGAACUGUGUUGCUGGGACUCAUGGAUAUAUGGCCCCUGAGUUUGCGUGUUGUUACAAGUGGACGGAGAAGAGUGACGUGUACAGCUUCGGGGUCGUGCUUUUGGAGAUGGUGACGGGUCAUCGACCAGUGGAAGAGGAGUACGGAGAAGGCAAGGUCAUCGUUGACUGGAUAUUGACUCAGAUUCAGCAGGAUCGGCUAAAUCUCCAAAGGGUGGUAUUGGAUAAGAAAGUGUUCUGUCAAGGCGUGGAAGAGAGCAUGGUUAGGGUUCUUAAGAUCGGUAUCCUCUGUACGACGAAGCUGCCCCGUCUCCGACCAAACAUGAGACAAGUCUUGCGUAUGCUCUGCGACAGCAAUCCAGACGUCUCGAAUAGGUAACGAUCUUAGAGGAAAAGCUGUGUAAUAAGACCCAUGUUGGAUUUCUUUUUCCUAUUUAAUUGAUGCAGAAUUUAGGGGUGACAAGAACAGAUUAUCUCAUGUAAAAACAUUCAUAAUGCAUGUAAAAAUAUCUUAUUUAAUUAA